AUGGCCACAGAAUCGACAGAGACGGCCAUUCCCAAGGUCAUUCAAGUGCCGGAAUACUUUUAUGCUAUAGAUAUUAAUUACUUGACUCAUAUGAUUGCGGACAUGUUGAGCCGGCUCAUUACCCACAACGACCUUAUCCCUUUGACACCGAGCAACAUUACGCGCUUCCAUUCACGAACACCACCAAACAUAUCUUUGCACGACUAUUUGCGACGAAUCGUCAAGUAUGCCUCAGUCGAAAAGGCGUGUCUCUUGAUUCUACUCAUCUAUAUCGAUCGUGUAUGUGAGCUACACCCCCAGUUCACUAUAUCAUCCCUCACCGUACAUCGAUUCUUGAUCACGGCGGUAACGGUGUCCUCCAAGUCGCUUUGUGAUGCCUAUUGCACCAAUUCUCAUUAUGCCAAGGUGGGAGGCAUAUCGACACAAGAACUUAAUGCAUUGGAGCUCGAGUUUUUGCGGCUCAUUGAUUGGAACUUGGCAAGCUCUGGGGCCAUCUUACAGCAAUACUAUGCAAACUUGAUACAGCAACAUCCUUGUUAUGAGCGAUUGAGGAGUUUGGAUGAUAAUGCAACGGAUGAUAUCGGUAGCCAUGACAACAAUGUUGCCAUGAAGGAUAGCAACAACAAUACAUCGACUGAUACGGCGACAACAACAACAACCAAUACAACCACAUCAUCAACAUCGUCGGCAUCAAAACCAGUAUAUCGGUAUACUAAACGUACGGGUAAACGGCGGAGGAGUAGUACGGUUAUUGCUGAAGCCGCAGCUGCAGCAGCUUCGACACCUUCAACAGCAGGUGGUGGUGACCAGAAAAUACGUGAACAAGGCAAGGAAGAUUUGGUAGAAGAGGAUGAGAAUGAGGAGGAGGAUGACGACGACGAGGAUAAUAACGAUGACGAUGAUGAUGAGGAGGAAAGAACUGUUCGGCAUUUCGACACGCUUUUGCAACGCGACUGGAUACCCUAUAUUGCAUAG